CGUUUUUCAUAUAAAACUGUAGUACAAGUGUGUAACAAAAUGGUGCAAUUUGGUCCAAAGCACCGUAAGAUUCCUGUACCGCAGCGGCAUGGUGUGCGUGAUCCUCUCAAACAUCUUGCCAAAAAAGAAGCCGCAGUUAAAGAUAAAAUAAAUAACCCGCCAAAGGAGCACGAUGUACAAGAAGUAUCGAAUCGCUUUAAGCGGUUUGUGCAACUCGCGGCAGAGGCAGGCAAGCCCCGAAAAAAAGUGCCACGAAAAAAGCGAAAGUCUAAUAUUCAAAUCGGUAAUACGGUGCUGCAACGGCAACCGAUGGAAUCGGAGGAAUCGUUCCUUGAUCGUGCUGCUAGAGUGCAGGAAGAUCGCGAGACGGAAGCAGAGUUUGGGCCCAAAUUUGGUGUAGAAGUCGAACGAGAUGAGAGAACGGGCGCUAUCCGUAUCAUAAAACGCAAGGGAAUCGAAGUGGAUGGUAUGCUGAAAAAAAUCAGUGACGACAAAUUUGGAAAAUCGGACAAAUGUAAAGCGAAAGCAGCAGAAGCAGUCAAAGCUAAGAAAGCAAUGUUGGAGGAAAAGAAACUGAAAAAGCAAAAGGUCAAAGAAUUGCAGCGUGAAGAGGAAGAUUUUUUGCUAAAAGAGUACCAAUAUGAACGAGUGCCCUUUGGGGAGGUGGUAAAAGAACCCCCAACGCUGCAUACGUUGCCGCGACGAGCAAACAGAGAAGGUGUGGCACGGCCUGGAAGUAAGAGCUUAUUGUUGAGUUCAAUGCUGCAAACAAAACCAGCUAACGAAGAAGAACCGGCUCCGAAAAAAUCGUCAAAGAAAGAAGCAAAACAGCCGAAAGUAGAUCUGAAAGGAAAACGAAAAAAGCUGCCAAUGGCAACACGCUUGAAGAUUGAACGUGAACAGCAAAGUGUGAUUGAAAUGUACCGCAAAAUGAAGAAGAAGUCCAGGACAUAGUUUAACGCUUGGAUACUGACAAUCGCUGCUGGCAAUUAUUCAGGCAUGGAACGCGCUAUAGUAUUUUACCCGCACAUCGUUACCGGUUUCUUCAUUGCGCAAUCGCAACGUGUCCGUGCAAUUUUCUUCCCCGGGCAUCUCUAAUCGCAGCGGCCAAGAUUGAAGCAGCGCCACGCCACUUUUGGAUGUGCAACACCCGAAACAAACAAAAAAACCCAACCUGCCCGCUUGGUUGGACUUCCGGGCAGUGGAAAAGCGUUGCGCGCGUAGCAGAAAAAUAGCCAACCCACAAUCCCCAAUCUUAUCACAGUCCGCUUACCAGUAGAGAGUGGGUUGGGGUCCGGAGGGAGCGGAACUACACCACAAUUGCAGCAAAACAAACCAACCCCAAAACCACACCAAAAAGCAGAAGGAGAGUGAAACGAACAGAAAGGAAACGCAACUCGACGCAUGGAUUGUGUGCCAUUGCCUUUCAAUUGCCGGUUCAAAUGCCUCCUCCUCCAUGGCGAGAAGGGGCAUGCCGGAAGCGUGAAGGCACAAAAAGGGUUCAACAGGCGCCACCGGUUGCCUCCUUGUCCGGUCGAGUGGAGGGCAUCUUUUUUUUUAUUUCGUUCGCAAAACACACGCGCGAACGCAAACGACGGUAUUGCGAAUUAUGAUUGUAUGGCUUUAUAAUAAAGAGCACCCGAAGAAAACAGCUCACACGCGAAAGAAAGAUACAAAACAUGUACACGGCGCUAGAAGAAAAAGGAAACAUGUACACGAAUAUCUCCCCCCCCCAUCGUUUUUUAAUCCCUCCUACAACGGUAUUUAAUAAAUGGCAUGCGAAAAAAAAAACAUCGA